AUGCCACCGGAUGAUGUGAUGCACUGCGUUGUCCGUGAGCUGUUUCCGACUACAGCUGGUGAGACGGUGCGAAAUCUUGAUGUCGCCACAUCCAAUAACAGCGCGGCAAUUGAGUUGGUUACCAGUGCCGAGAUAAGUACUAUCGCUGGAAGCAUGAAGCUGGGAAAGGCGCCUGGGCCGGAUGGCAUUCCACUGAGAGCUCUUCGGCUCGCCUGUGCUCUGAGGCCGGAAAUCUUCGUUGAUAUGUUCAACAGGUGUCUACAGGAGGCUGUCUUUCCAGAUAUCUGGAAAUCGCAGAGACUGGUUCUGCUCCUAAACCAGGCAAGAAUCCGGGCGAACCUGCUGCAUAUCGGCCAAUCUGCCUCAUUGACAAUGCGGGAAAAAUGCUGGAGAAAAUCAUCGACAGUCGACGCAGCGACUAGAGUUGUGGAGAUCGCCUCACACGCCAUAGCGGGCAGCAGAUGGAAGGGAGGAGCCAAGGAGUAUUGCUUGAUGGUCACGCUGGACAUCAAGAAUGCCUUUAACUCGGCUCGUUGGGACUGCAUUCUCAAGGCUCUGGCAGCGUUCCAAGUGCCGAGAUAUCUUCUGGAAAUCGCCUAUCUGCCUCAUCGACGUGGCGGGAAACUGCUGGAGAAGGUGAUCUGCACUCGCUUGGAGGAAGCUAUAUUGGUGAACGGAAACCUUUCCCCCAACCAAUAUGGAUUCCGGAAGGCCAGGUCGACAGUAGAUGCAAUCGAGAAGGUAGUUGGCAUUGCUUCCAAUGCAAUUGCUGGCACUCGCUGGAAAGGGGGCCAGAAGAAGUACUGUCUGAUGGUGACAUUGGACAUCAGAAACGCCUUCAACUCGGCCCGGUGGAACUGCAUCUUACGGGCGCUAGACGCAUUCAAAGUCCCACGGCAGUUGUUAAAGAUUAUCAGGAGUUACUUCUCGUCGAGAGUACUCAAAUAUGAUACCAGUGAUCGAACAGAAGAGUACAUCGUGACUGGAGGCGUUCCUCAGGGGUCUGUGCUUGGCCCGCUAUUGUGGAACGCGAUGUACGACGGAAUCCUUCGACUGGACCUGCCGACAGGAGCAAACCUAAUUGGUUUCGCCGACGACAUUGCGCUACUUGUGGUCGCUAAGGAGCUGGAGGUCGCCGAAUCAAAUUGCAACAGAGCUAUCGAUUGCAUUGGGACUUGGCUGCUCUCCGUUGGACUGGAGUUGGCUCCCCACAAAACGGAAGCAGUGCUGAUCAGUAGCAGGAAUAAAGUGGAAACAGCGGUAGUCAAGGUCGGAGCCGCCCAUAUUACCUCCAAGCGUACACUUAAGUACCUGGGAGUGACGAUCGACUCGAUGCUGAGUUUUCGGGAACACCUGCAGGAGGUUGGCCACGCCGUUAUCAAAAGCUCGCACAUCGGCGGCUUGGCGUCAACCUUCCGGCUGAGCGCCAUCAGAGUCAUAAGCGGUUUCAGGACCGUUUCCGACGAGGCUGCACAUGUCAUUGCCGGCAUACCCCCCUUCGAGGAAACGGUCAGGGAGAGGGAAUGGACGACAAGGAGUCACGGCCAGUUGAACUUUCACUUGACCCAGGUCAUCAGUGGCCACGGCUGCUUCAGGAGCUACUUGUUCCGGUUCGGACACGACACAGCCGAAGAGUGCCCCGCUUGUUUCCCGACUGCGGUGGAGGACGCCGAGCACGUAAUCUUCCAGUGCGGUAGAUACGCAACCCUCAGACAAGAGCUGGCAGAUGCAAUUGGUGAGAGGUUAACUGUGUCGACAUUGGUUCCGCUGAUGCUGGUAUCGUCCACUAACUGGACACUGAUCAGCCAAUUUGUGGCUGCGGUCAUGAACGAGCAAAGGAGGGCCGAGAAGGCAAGACAAAGAACGAGGGAGUAA